GUUCAAGCUACUAAAGUGACUUACUUGCCUUUUUUGGAAUUUACAUAAAAAAUGUCAACAAAUAGUAGCUUAUCUAGUGAUUUAUCUGAUAAUACAAGUGAUUAUUCAACUGAUUUGACAAGCCUCAAUGACGACAAUGUGGAUGACAACAACAACACAUAUAACGAAGAUAACGAUGGCGUCGAUCGUCAGCAAUUGAAUUACGAAGCUGGUUUCGGUGGCCAAGAAGAUUUGGAAGAUAGGUAUGCUUCCACUAGUGGAGAUAAUUAAAGUACUUUAUCAUUCGCUUUAUCCCGUACUUCAAGAACACCAUUCGCAACUCGGACUUCCAACUCCAAUCUCUCUUUGACGUACAAUCCAUGUACUCGUGCAACUUUCUUUUCUUUCACGGUAUCCUCAUAUGAAGGUGGUUUCGAAGCUAUAGAUACAUUGUCUAUGUCUUCAGCUUCUUUCGUCUUCCCUUUGGCUUUCAUAUCAUCUUUGUAUGCUUGUUUAAGCUUUGAUAACGAUUCGAGAGCUUUCAUUCGCGUGACUUUGUCCACAUUUGGUGAUUUAACUACUGAUAAUACUUCCUCUUGUACUGCAGACAUUCCGCCAUAUUCUUCUGAUACUUUCUUGGCAGAUUUGCCAAUCAAAUAGGUUGAAAGCUUGGCUAUAUUUGCCCCUUGAGAUGUGAAGAACUUGGCUGCACCCGCUGAUGCACUGCUACUUGCUGCUGUACCCGCUGCAGCUGCCUAAUUACUUAUGAGAUAAUGAGAUAGCAGAAAUAGAGGACCUACGCCACCAGCACUAGCUGC